AUGGGCAUUUUAGUCAAACUCAUCGGUUCAGGAGUCGGUCUUGUAUCAGAAACAAUUCAUCAUCAUCGAAAUAAGUCCUCAUCAAACCUUCAAGCUUCUUCAAACAAUGGUGAAAGCAGUCGAGCAGGUGCUCAAUUAAGUCACACUUACAACGAUGCACCUCCUGAAUAUGUUGAAGUAUCCCCCGAGGAAGCCAAUAAAAUGAUAACCAAAGGCCAAGCUGUGCCCAUAAACGAGAAAGAAAAAUGCGAAAUCGAAAAGGAACUUGAGGAUGAGGACUCCUCGGAUACAGAAUCUGAGGAAGGGGAUGAGGAAGCUUGGGCUUUAGACGAAGCGGCAAAUACAUCCAAUCCGGCUACUUCAUCAGAAGAAACUUCUCAAGAUGCCGAUGAACUUACCGAUGUAUUUAUACGAAAUCAUCCACCUCCAGCAUAUAGUGCUGCAAAGCCAAAAUUACCUUGUCCGGUUAUCCUCCCACAGCGCAGACCAAGAGAUAAGAAGCGAGGAUUUAUUAGAGCAUAUGCACCCGUUUUGGAAGAUUGUGGAAUCGACCAAUCUACCUUUCUAGAUUUCUUAAAAACUUUCUACCAUGCGAGUAAAUCUUCUCCAUGGUUAAAUGUUAUCAAUGCAGCGGCUGGAAUUGUAGGUUUUGUACCUGGUCCCAUUACAAUGGGUGUAUCAAUCGCGACCCAAUUUGCUGUCGGUGUAGCUAUGGAACUUCAAGCACGAUCAAGGACGAAUACUUUUCUCGAUAGAAUGAAUAAUGAAUUCUUCAUGCCUCGUGGUCUUUACUGCUUAAUACUUACCUACAAGCCCGAAUCAUCAGCAACCCAUGCUUCGGUUGAUAUUAAUAAAGCCAUUUCCUCAUCUCUUGACGACACAACUACAGGAUUCAAAAAAACAUUAAAGAAUAUUAAACUUUCAAGUGGAACUACAUACGGAGAACUCGAAAUGCCAGAAGCAGCGCCAUUAAUUUUUCCAGCAUUGGAUCAAAUGCAAAUUUCCGAGAGUGAAGGAAAUGAAAAUGCCCCCAAAAGCAACAAAUUCAAAGACAGUGGAAAAUUCGUCACCGAUUACUUUGAUCGUCGAGCUCAAGCCAAAUACGCAAUACAAAACCCCAACAGCACCCUCGCAACACCUAAACCACAAUUCCUCUCCCGCUACUCAGACCCAAGUCACCCAGCCAACAGCGGCUCGCUCAUCUCUCUCAUAACUGGGGGCCAUAUAAAUCCGCAAGCGAGAAGAAUAGAACGAAGAGUAGCUAGAGGAGAAAGAAGACAGAAUAAAAGAAUUAGAUCCGCGUAUCGGAGAGGUGAGGUUAUUACCCCUGAGACAGGUCUUAGGAGGAGGAGGAAGGGGGGGCUGGUGAAGAGGAUUUUGCAGAAAGUUAAGAGUGCGGAGUAUCAGGCUGGGUCGAGGAGUGUUGGGGAGGAGAAGGGGAUGUGA